UUGUUACAGUUCCUAGUAUUCCAACCAGCUUGAAAAAUAAACACACAGACUAGUGUACCUUAAGCAUGUCUUCUCCCUAUGGCAAAGUUGAUGAACACGAGCAAAUAUUGUUAGAAGCCAAGAGGAAAACCAGGAAGAGAAUCACAAUCAUAAGCUUGUCCUCAAUAGUCUUGGUUGGUGUUGUGUUUGCUUCUGUUUUUGGAACACUUAACAACAACUCCAAAAGUGGCAAUAAUGCUAAUUCUUCUGAAUCAGUAACGAGUUCGGUGAAGGCGGUGUGUGAUGUGACGCUGUACAAGGACUCGUGCUAUAGAAGCCUUGGCUCUGCUGUGGAUUCAGGGGAUGUUCAGCCUGAGGAGCUGUUCAAGGUGUCCAUUGAAGUGGCCUUAGCUGAAGUGUCUAGAGCUGUUGGGCAUUUCAAUGAAGAUGGGGGUGUUUUCAAAGGGUUGAAUGAUGCAAAGAUCAAAGAAGCUGUGAGGAUUUGCAGGGAUGUUUUGGAUCUUGCUGUUGAUCAUUUGAAUAGCUCUUUGAGUACUUCAGGGGAAAGUUCUUCCCUUCUUAAGGUUUUUGAGGAUCUUCAAACAUGGUUAAGUGCUGCAGGUACAUACCAGCAGACAUGCAUUGAAGGCUUUGAAGAUGCAAAAGAACCAUUGAAGGAAAAGGCAGAAACCUAUCUCAAAAACGCUACAGAACUCACCAGCAACAGUCUUGCCAUCAUUACCUGGAUCAACAAGGCCGCAAGCACCGUGAACUUGAGGCGCUUACUGAGUUCACUACCUCAUCAGAACGAAGCACCGAAAUGGCUUCAUUCAAAUGACAGGAAGCUGCUUCAAACACAGGAUUUGAGAUCAAAAGCUCAUAUUGUUGUGGCCAAAGAUGGAAGUGGGAAAUACAAAACUAUUUCUGCUGCACUUAAGCAUGUCCCUGAUAAGAGCACCAAGAGGACUGUGAUCUAUGUGAAGAAAGGGCUUUACUAUGAAAAUGUCAGGGUGGAGAAGACCAAAUGGAAUGUGAUGAUCAUUGGAGAUGGCAUGACUGCUACAAUUGUGUCUGGAAGGCUUAACGUUGUUGAUGGCACACCAACAUUUUCAAGUGCAACAUUUGCUGUGUUUGGAAGGAAUUUCAUAGCUAGAGACAUGGGUUUUCGCAAUACAGCUGGUCCUCAAAAGCACCAAGCAGUAGCACUGAUGACAAGUGCUGAUCAAGCAGUUUUCUACAAGUGUCACAUUGAUGCAUAUCAGGACACACUCUAUGUUCAUGCCAAUCGUCAAUUCUAUAGAGAAUGCUACAUUUAUGGCACAGUGGACUUCAUUUUUGGAAAUUCAGCAGCAGUGAUCCAAAACUGCAACAUUUUGCCAAAGGUACCAAUGCAUGGGCAGCAGAUCACAAUCACAGCACAAGGCAAAACUGACCCUAACAUGAACACAGGAAUCUCAAUUCAGUAUUGCAAUAUUGCACCCUUUGGGAACUUGAGUUCUGUCCAAACUUACCUAGGAAGACCCUGGAAGAAUUACUCAACCACAGUUUACGUAAGGUCCAGAAUGGACAGCUUUGUUAACCCAAAGGGAUGGUUACCAUGGGUAGGGAACUCAGCACCAGACACCAUCUUUUAUUCAGAAUUUCGGAAUGUUGGACCAGGUGCUUCAACAAAGAAUAGAGUGAAGUGGAAGGGUUUGAGAACCAUUACUAGUAAACAAGCCAGCAAGUUUUCAAUCAAGUCUUUUCUUCAAGGAGAUAGAUGGAUUCCUUCAUCAGGUGCCCCUUUUAAGUCUGAUCUGUGAGUGCAGCCACAAGAUGCAAAUUCUCCCUUUUGUCAUUACAGUAAUGAUAUAUAGAUAUCCAAACACUGCAGACAUUCCACAGACACCUCAUUUUCUCUAUAUAUCUCUCUUAUCACAUUCAUCAUGUAUCUAUCUUCUCUCCAUUUCUCACCCUGGGUGUCUGCAUUAUGCGGGUGUCUACGGAUGAUUAUCCUUGUCAGAAUUGUCUCCACUUCUGUUAUUUUUUCCCUUUCCCAUGAUCUUCUUGAUUUUGUAUAUUUUGAGACUGUAAGUUGAUUCUUUUGAUUAAUAUUUCUUUAAAACUCUAUUGAACCAAAAUAAAGGCUGCACUGAGAUAGCAGAGUAAUUGUGGAUUAGUACGAAUUGCUUUGCAAUAUAUUCCAUUACUUCAACA